AUGAAGGCGGCCAUGUUCUCAGCUCUCUGGAGCAUGACACCAUUUCUCGAGAGCCUCUACUCUGAUAUCGCCAACUCCUCCUGCACACGUAUAAGCACCGCAAGCACCGAGCAAUAUUCCAAAUUCACACAAUGCGAGCCUCCAGAGUAUGGCUGUGGUGGUGGCCAUCCUGUCAAAGGCGAAAGCAAGGACGGCGAGCUCUACGUUUGCGGGCCCACCAAGCAGUGGGAACUUGUGCAAAUGUGUGAUGGGCCCGACAGAUGCUGGUUACCUGAUGAGAAGAAUAGGACAAAUGGAUAUUGCGCAUAG